CCAGGGCAGAUGGGAGUCAGAGGAUGGUUGGGACUGGUGCGAGGGUGUUCAGAGCCAUCCUGUCUCUUACUGCUUGGGGUCAGCUGAGGAGCCCUAUGUCCACAGGUGCUCACCAAGCCCUCCCUCAUGCAAGCCUGACACUCGGUGCUGGGAGUGACACAGCCACCACCGAUUCAGGUGUAGCCCUGCCCCAGGGAGCAGCAGCUGGGGGAGGGGGAGCAACGGGUGUGUCACAGCAGGGACAACCUUAGAGAGCUGGUGGAUUUGGAGCCAAGGCAUGAGAAGGAAGCAGCUGUGAGGGUGUCUGGGAGGAGUUUGGGGCAUGUGCAUGGUGUGUUUGAGUACUGGCACAGAGGCUCUGGGAGGGUACAGCCGACUGAGCAGGGGCAGGGGGAGAUAGAGGGGUCCUAGGCGUGCAGGCGUUGCAGACCACAGGAAGCACUGGCUUUGACCCUGAGGGUUGUGGGGGGUCUGAUUCCUGCUUUCACAGUCCCCUGUGGUGCCGUGGGGACUUGGGGGCCUGUGAGGGGCCACAGCAGUUAUCCAGCAGGUGGUGAUGGAGAUUCAAACCAGGUGGUAGCUGUGAGGUAGGAGAAGUGGUCAGAUCCUAAAUAUGUCCAAAGGCAGAGCCAACAGGGUUUCUUGCAGCGAUGUGGGUGCUAGAGCAAGUGGACAGCCAGGCUGCAGUUUGCAGCUGAGGGAGGCAGAGCAAGGCAUGGAUUUAGGGUGAGAGGGGAGGUCAGGGGCUCAGAUUGGAGACACUGGGGUGUCUGUGGGCCCUGGGGAGGGGAUGGUGUGGUGUGUUGCCCCCACCGACCCUGACCUGCUGUCUCUCAUCUCUGUUGCAGGCGUCCCUCCAGCCUUGUUGCCUAGAGCUGGCCCGGGGGUGUGCCAGGGCCCCCCCAGCCCGGGAAUGACUGCAGCCAGCCAGGCCAACCCCUAUAGCAUUGUGUCAUCUGAGGAGGACGGGUUGCACCUGGUCACCAUGUCGGGUGCCAACGGGUUUGGCAACGGGAAGGUGCACACACGUCGCCGGGGCCGUCCCCGCUUCGUCAAGAAGAGCGGUCAGUGCAACAUCGAGUUCGCUAACAUGGACGAGAAGUCACAGCGCUACCUGGCUGACAUGUUCACCACCUGCGUGGACAUCCGCUGGCGCUACAUGCUGCUCAUCUUCUCACUGGCCUUCCUCGCCUCCUGGCUGCUGUUUGGCAUCAUCUUCUGGGUAAUAGCCGUGGCACAUGGCGACCUGGAGCCAGCGGUGGCCGAGGGCCAUGGGCGCACCCCCUGCGUGCUGCAGGUGCACGGCUUUAUGGCAGCCUUCCUCUUCUCCAUUGAGACACAGACCACUAUCGGCUACGGGCUGCGCUGUGUGACGGAGGAAUGUCCCGUAGCCGUCUUCAUGGUGGUGGCACAGUCCAUCGUGGGCUGUGUCAUCGACUCCUUCAUGAUCGGCGCCAUCAUGGCCAAGAUGGCACGGCCCAAGAAGCGGGCACAGACGCUGUUGUUCAGCCGCCACGCCGUGGUGGCUCUGCGUGACGGCAAGCUCUGCCUCAUGUGGCGCGUGGGCAACCUACGCAAGAGCCACAUUGUGGAGGCCCACGUGCGGGCCCAGCUCAUCAAGCCACGGGUCACGGAGGAGGGUGAGUAUAUCCCGCUGGACCAGAUCGACAUUGAUGUGGGCUUCGACAAGGGCCUUGACCGCAUCUUCCUGGUCUCGCCUAUCACCAUCCUACACGAGAUCGACGAGGCCAGCCCGCUGUUUGGCCUCAGCCGGCAGGACCUAGAGACAGACGACUUUGAGAUCGUGGUCAUCCUGGAGGGCAUGGUGGAGGCCACGGCCAUGACCACUCAGGCCCGCAGCUCCUACCUGGCCAGUGAGAUCCUCUGGGGCCACCGCUUUGAGCCGGUGCUCUUUGAGGAGAAGAACCAGUACAAGAUCGACUAUGCGCACUUCCACAAGACCUACGAGGUGCCCUCCACACCCCGCUGCAGUGCCAAGGACCUGGUGGAGAAUAAGUUCUUGUUGCCCAGUGCUGGCUCCUUUUGCUAUGAGAACGAGCUGGCCUUCCUGAGCCGCGAUGAGGAGGAUGAGGAGGGUGGAGAUCAGGAUGCCUGCAGCCAGGAUGGCCUCAGUCCCCAGAACAGGCACGAGUUUGACAGGCUGCAGGCAGGUGGGGGCAGUGGCCUUGAGCAGCGGCCCUACAGACGGGAAUCAGAGAUCUGAGCUGACCCCAGCCAAGGUCCAGUGCCUGCCUGCCAGGGGGAGGCUCCAUGCCCCAUGAGGGUCCGGGUUUGCACAGAAGUGCCGGGCACCCGUGUUGCAGACUUAGUAGUGUUGUUAGUCGUUUUCCGUUUCUUUGCAGUCUCCUUGGAGGUUGGUGGGAGAGCGGGUGGCCCUGGCCUCAGAGGCUGGAGCUGUAGGAGUGGGUGGGCAGCCUUCUGUGGGGGGCAGGUCACAGGAGUGGGGCUGCCGCAGAAGGUGUGGCUGCAGCUGGGCCAGAAACAGUAAAAUGGGUGAAGCGGUGGCCCAGCCUCUGUGGGCAAAGCUGAGUGGCUGCAGGGCCCCUGGCUGGUUUUUAACUUGGAGAGAAACACCAGUUCCAACUUUCUCCAUCUUAGCUUGGGUAAGACAGUUUAAAAAAAAAAAUCAAAAUGUGAUUCAAAAAAAUUUUUUUUUUUAAUUUAUGGGGAAAGAAAGGAUACUUAGAAUUCCAUUGGUAGGCCAGGAUGCAAGCAGCUGGGCAGAGGCUCCAGAAGGUUCCUUGAGGCCGGACUGGCCCCCUUCCUGGGAAGGCCUGAACGUGUGUGGAAGGCAGCAGCCCCAAGGCGCAGUGAUCACAACACAGUUUCUGCCUUCUAAGACGAGUUAGAUUCCAUGGUGAUAGAGACACCAGGAUAGUGUCAACGAUCAUAAUAAAAGCUUUUUAGUGUCACUGGAGAGGAGGUGGGCUGGGGAACAUGAGUUUGAACUUCUUGAGUUUGACUCUGUACCUUAGAGAUGCUGUCGUGAGGGUUUGCUUCCUCAACACGAAUUCUCUGUCCAGUCUUGCUUCUCCCUUCUUUCCGCCCAGUGGCCUCCACCCCCUCCACAGUGAGGGCCAGGUGGGAAAAGUGGGGAUGAGUUGGCCUUUGGGAAUGCUGGUUCCCCAGACUAAGAAGGAAAGGGAUUCGUCUGACCCCCACUUGGCCCACAAAGUGAGUCGUGCCUUAGAGACACCAGCUUGUCCGGCUGAAGCUGUUUCUGUUUUUAUCUGCCUGUCCUGUCCUCCCUUGCUGCCUCAACGCCACCACUGAAGUCCCUGCCAGCCCCUCCAUCCCCCUCACCUGUGGGCUGGCACAGAUACACACAGGUGUACACAGGUAUACACAGGUUGUGGUUUGCUACUGUCUGGCAGAGAAAAGAUCUUAGAAAGGGCACAGAAUUGUUAGCACCUCCCUUCUGCCCCAAACUGAGAUACCUGGGGAGUGCCAAUCAAGGCUGCAUUGAGAAAUCAGCCAGGUAAUGAAGAAUUCCUCCUGAGGUGUCUCCUCCCAAGAAUCCUGGAGGGGAGGUGCUCUAACAGUGGGACCCUAGUCAGGAGGGCAUCUGCGCAGAUGGAGGCAAGCCCCCAGGCCCAGAGCUAUCCAGCGUGUCUCGCUCUUGGCAGAGGAGACGGGGCCUGUUAAGAAAAAAUCUGCUCCCCUUCAUGGUCAGGCCGGCAGGAAGUUGUGUUUACAGCCUGCCUGUCCCGGUCAUGUCAGCCUGUGCUCCAUAAUGACUUGGAACCAGGAACUCAGGGACUCUUGCCUGGCUGUAUUUUGCAAGUAGGGAGCAGACAGAGCAGAGGCGACUGUCUGAGGUUAUGUAGUGAGUAAGUGGGGGGUAGGCAGAAGCUGGGGUCUGGGUGGGGCUUCCUGCCUCUUUCCUCUUCUGUACCGAAACUAGAGCUGACCUGGCCCUGAGAGCCAGGGCCCUGGGGACUGGACUUGGGUUUUCAGUCACCUUCAGGUGCGCACGGGCAGGGCACCCCCCGAGUUUCCACACCCUGAGGUAGGCGCAGACACAGACCCCAUCCUAAUUUCUGGCCUGAAGGUCCAGCCAGAGGCAGGUGGAGGAAGCUCUUUCCUCUCUGGACCUGCUGGAGGAGGCUCAGUUCCUCCCCAAGUCUCUAUCCUGCCCUGGGUAACCUGGUGGUGGAGCUAGGAGAGGGGCACUUUGGUACCAUAGGCCUCGCUGUCACCCCCUACCCUUGCCUGAUUGUCAGGCUGAGGCCCAGGGGUGGGGCAGCGUGGCCCCACUCACACAGCACUGCCUGAGGAGCCUGUGCUCAGCUCUGCCCAGCUGUCCAAUACCCCUCCGGGGCCGGGUGCCCAGCCUCCCACUUGCCCCUAUGCAGGGCCAACUUCAGGCUGCCAGACCUCCUGUAGCCCACUCCCUGUCCAGCUGUAUGGCCUGGUGCACCCUCCUCUCAGGUCUGGACGCCCUUGUCUGGCACUCCCUGCCCCACGCAGGGGAGCAGCCAAAGGCAGACCGAGGCUGUGUUUCAAAACUCUCCUGCCUCUUUUCUCCUCCCCAUCUACGUAUGUAUGUAUUUAUUUGUUGUGUGUGCUAAAGACCAAAUAGUUUCCCUCUUUAGUCAUUUGGGAUGGGAGGGUGGACAGGAGGAGCCACAUAUGCAUGCAAGAGCCCCCAGGGAGGGUGUGUGCUUGUGCAAUCGUGUGCUGAGCACAGGUGGGUGGGGAGUGUUGGCAUGAAUGUGUGGUGUGUGUCUGUACGUGCGUGCGUACUUAGUUGAGAUCCGUGUACGUGCACACUUUGGUUCAUCUUGCACUCCCAGGCGCUGGAAUUUCUAGAAGAUUCUCGACAGCCUGAACCUGAAGGUGCAAAGGUUACAGAUGGCCCAGGGUGCGGCCUUUGGCGCCCUCUGCCCUGAGAGGGCCACUUACACAGAAAACGGUGCUGAGUAGGCUCUGUGUUGGGCAGGCAUGCGUGUGCAUGUGCUCGUGUGUGUGUGCAUGUGUGCAUGCGUGUGUUUAUAGGCGGGUAAACAUUUGAACCGCCCCACCCCCACCACAUAGACAACUGGUGCACACGCACGUGCAUGUGUACACAGCAAACGCCAACUCACAGAGACAGCAAACACAGAAUUGUCCCUCCUAGGGUAAAGCAUGUGCUGUCCGUGAGCGUCAUACAAAUGUGCACCACAAUGGUGUCCACCUGCGUGAGUCAGCUUGUCGUGUACGCACUCACAUGUGUGUUUAUGGGUGUGUGUGUGCCAGUUGUCUAUGUGGCAGGGGUGACGUGGUUCAAAUGCUUAUCUGCCUAUAAGGCUGGGUUAACCCCCAUCAGAAUGGACACUGGCUGGGGGCAUUGGUCUGGCUGGACAACGUGGUCCCGCAGACUCCACCUGACUGCACACAUAUGUGCAUGGGGGCAAUACAUGUGUAAGGUGAGGGCUGUGUACCCACACGUAAGGCAGUAUCUACCUGGAGGUUAGUGUUUGCACAUGGGCCAUGGGUAGGAGGGCACACGUGCUGGUGCACGUGAACAUGUGUAUAUGUGUGUGACAUUAGACAGUUGUUUCUGGGGACCCUACUGUGUGCCAGGCCUUGUGUCUCAGGCUAGAGGGUAACAAGAUGCAAGGGGCGCCUGUCUUUGGUGACAGGUGUGCCUGCGUGUCCAUGUGUGUGCACACCCAUGCACGCGCACAGGCUCCAAGAGUGUGGUGGCAUGUGGACACGUGCACACUGUGCUGCUUAGAGCUCAGCUGUUCCCUCCUGCCCUCUACUGGUGCUUUGCUGCCCAGUCCCUGCUCAACUGAGGGUCCAGAGGACAGGCAGGGCCUGAUGGGAGGAGCCACUGAUGGGAGGUCCUUGCACAGAUGUGUCUGACCUGUGUGAGGCCACAGAAUGUCAAAUCUAUUUUAGAUGAUGAAACUGGAGAAUUUUCAUUUUUAGUACAUAGCGGUAUCUAAAGACGUGGGCCCUGAGACUAGACCACAUUAAAUGCAUUUUGAUCUCUUUGAAUGCCACUGUGUCAGACAUGUGUUUGAAAGUCGUUCCCUGCCUAGUCCAUGGCGGGCUGGGUGUCCACAUGUGUCCUUGGUCCCUGUGUCCUGAGGUGAUGGGGUCUCUGGGGGGCAGGGAUGGGAGGCUAGAGGUAGAACAUGGCAGCAGCUACAGCCUCCUUGUAGAACCCCCGGUGUGACCUUCCAGCCAUUCAUUUCUACCAUGGGCACGUGCUCCCACACAUACCUCUGAGUGUGCGUGAGAGGAAGCCUGUGAUGGGGCGAAAACAACCCAGGACCCCAGUACUGGGGCUCCACUUCCUGGUCCAUCUUACCCGUUGUGUGAUGCUGGACAGCUACCUUGCCCCUCUAGGCCUGCGCUUCCCACCUCUCCUCCCUUCUACACAUACUUGAUGGGCACUCACUGCAAGCCAAUCACCAUGCUGAGUGCAAGAGACUCAGCUGUGGACAGUGGGCACUAUUGCCAGGUGGAGCUGGGGAGGCUGAGACAGCCCUUGCAUGUGGCAGGAGAGGCUACUGGCAGAGGCAGGAGGGGCAGCAGAGAAAGGUGACCAGGGAGGAAUUUGGGGGCGGUGUUCACUCUGCUGAGGCGGAGUGCAAUGAGGAGGUGGGAUUAGGAGAAGACACUUGCGGCCAGCAGAGGGAACAGCAUUUGCAGAGGCCCAGAGGAAGAGGCAAAUAGCUCACUGUUAGUCUCUGGGAUCCCAGUGGCUUUGUGGCAGAGAGCCUAGGGCAACAUAAGACCCUGGCAGAUGAAGCACUGAAUAAUUUUUUUAAAAAGUCUUGUUAUGGUAAAAUACAUAUAAAAAUCAUUGUUUUACCCAUUUUUGUGUGUACAGUUCAGUGGCAUUAAUUGCAUUCACCGUGUGCAACCAUCACCACUAUCCAUUUCCAAAACUUUUCCAUUCCCCCCCAAACAGAAACUCUGUACCCCUUAAGCAAUAACUCCCCAUUCCUUUUCCCCAGCCCCUGGUAACCACUGCUCUGCUUUUGUCUCUACGCUUUUGCCUCUGAAUAACUAAAUAAAUCCUGAGAGGCUCCAGGCAGGCACUGCCGCCUUCUCAGCUAUUCAUUAGGCAAUGAACAGAGAGCCAAGACUUCAGAAAAUUUUGUGGGCUAAAGACCCUAGAGGAAGAGAAUUCUUUCCUUUGCCUGAAGCACCUCAGUGCGUGGAGAGUUCACUUCUCUGCUAUGUGAGAG